GGGUCCCGGCCCCGCUGCUCGGUGCGCGGCGGCGGCGGCACCGGGAGAGGCGGCGGGGGCUGGGGCGCGUCGGCCCCGCAGCUGCGGCUCGUUGCGCUCCGCUCGGCCCCGCUACCCCCGACCGGGCCCUUAACAGCGGCGCGGUCCCGGGACGCCGCAUGUGAGCCGGGAGGGCAGCACCGCCUCGCACCGCCCCUGCGCACCGGCCCCGCACCGGCCCCCGGAGCUCCGGAGCAGCCGGUACCACCCCCACCCCUUUCGCCUCCUUACCCCGGCACCUCACCAUGAGCAACCUCAACAAGGACACCGAGCACACCAACGGCAGCGGCAACGUCGAAGAGGAGGUACGGACACUGUUUGUCAGUGGCCUUCCUGUGGAUAUCAAGCCCAGAGAGCUCUACCUACUCUUCCGACCAUUCAAGGGUUAUGAAGGGUCACUGAUCAAGCUAACUUCAAAGCAGCCAGUUGGUUUUGUGACCUUUGACAGCCGGGCUGGUGCUGAAGCAGCAAAGAACGCCUUGAAUGGCAUCCGCUUCGACCCAGAGAACCCCCAGACCUUGCGGUUAGAGUUUGCAAAAGCCAACACAAAGAUGGCCAAGAGCAAGCUGAUGGCCACGCCAAACCCAACCAACAUCCACCCUGCCUUGGGCGCACACUUCAUUGCACGGGACCCUUAUGACCUGACUGGAGCAGCUCUUAUUCCAGCGUCGCCAGAGGCAUGGGCUCCGUACCCACUGUACACCACGGAGCUGACCCCUGCCAUCCCCCACGCUGCCUUCACCUACCCAGCGGCCGCCGCCGCGGCUGCUGCUCUUCACGCUCAGAUGCGCUGGUAUCCUCCCUCUGAAGCUACCCAGCAAGGAUGGAAGUCUCGUCAGUUUUGUUAGUUUGUUACGUCUCUCCUCGGCUUGUGUUCCUCUUCCCUGCCUCUCUGGAGGGAUGUGCCAGGGACGAUCGCUCAGACUCCUCUCGGUUUGGUUUGGUGACAAGGCACCCGGCCCCGGCGUGCUUGCUGGGGGCUGCCAGCGUCCCCCAUCUCCAGACUGUGAAGCCACCGUGGGCCAUGCGCCGCCUCCAUCCAUCCAUCCAUCCAUCCAUCCAUCCCUCCCUCCCUCCCUCCCUCCCUUUCUCCCUUUCUCUCUCCCCAGGACAUUCUCCCUGGCUGAGCUUCGCCGUGGGGCUGUGCUGAAGCCCAGCUGGGGGGUCUCGGUCCUGGGCUUCCCCGGGCUCGCCCUGCCCCAGCGGCUCAGCUGAAGGGAACGAAAGGCAAUGAGUUUUGCAUGUUUUCUGGCAUGAAUUAAAACACUUAACUUGUGUAUGUGUGAGUG